AUGGCCGCAUUCACUUUGCUCGUCUCACUUUUGACGUUGCUAUUGGGUGCGCAUACAACAUCUGCCUUAUCAAGAGCAGAGGCAGGCAAGAUCGACUGGCACGUCCCUCGUAUGGGCGUGCCCCACUCCUCAAACGACUCUGCUACGCCCUACCUCUCGCCCCGCUUCCACCGCAUCAUCAAGCCUGACGCCGACGCCAAAGACAAAGCUCAGACCGCCAUCUUCAUCGCCACUGAGUCCAAUGCUGUCGGCGCGCUCAAUCCAAGAAAUGGCGCUAUCGUCUGGCGUCAAGUCCUCGAGGGCCACGAUCAACUCCUACUCCAGAAGCAGUACGGAGAGGUCGCCCUCGCCAUUUCCGGCAACGGUGGCGCCAACGUCCGUCUCUACCGCGGCUUCACAGGAUUUCUCAUCUGGGAAUCGGUUCAGCACAGCAUUCGGGACGGCUUGAUCCCCGAGCCGGGCUUCCCCGCCACCGACGCCGUCUUUUUGACCGACAACGCAAAGAGCGAUGUUCCCCCCGACGUCGUCGUGCUCUCCAACGCACGCACCGUUCGUCGCCUCGACGGAGCCUUUGGCGCUGAAGUGUGGAAAUGGGAGCCUCAAGAUGACAUCUCGCGCCGUUCUGUCAUCCGUGUCGUGGCCAACAAGGACAAGCUCUAUGUUGUUUCGCUUCUGCGCAACACCAACUCGGUUUACAACUCCAUCUCGGUCGCCACCCUCUCGGCCCACACGGGCGAUCUCAUCACCACCCACGAGAUCCCAUCCGGUCUCAACACGGCUGCUGACGUCGUCAUCUUGCCCUGGAACCAGCUGCCAAACUUGCCUCCAACUGCCAAUCCGGGCUCCUGGGUUGCCUGGCUGAACAAGGACGGAAGCGUCAGGGCCGCCCCCCUCGACCCGCCUAGCAAGCGAUUCGCCCAGCCUCAAGUCAUCUACGCCAAGCGUUCCGAUUCCGUCUUCACAGGCCUCGUCGAUGUUGGUCUCUCCAACAAGGGUCUCUUUGUCGGUCAACGCUCUGACGGGCUUGCAGAGGUGCUCAAGGUCUCGGCAGAUGCCAAAUUCACUAGCUUCUGGGAGUUCGAAGAGGAUGCCUACGAUGCCGUCUACGCUGGAACGUACGACCGACAGGGUAAUGCCUUCCUCCAGCGAAUCUUCUUCUCGCGAUCCCAGCAUCUGCUCAACUUCCACUUCCUGUGGGCCGAUGCCAAGAACGGAGGCGAUGGACAAGUCAGCGGAUUCUCGUUCCAAUGGGACCACGACAUGCACGGCAACAUCCAUGCUGCCACAUUCGAGGCCAGCCAGAUCGGACAGUACCAGUUGGCUAGCCGAACCGUGCUCGUCACCUCGAGUGGUUCCGUCCGCAUGCUAUUGGAUGACCAGCACCAGUGGAUCCUCGAAGAGGGCCUUACCCAGACAACUCACGCUGCCUUCAUCGACCUCCCAGAGAAGAAGCUCACUGCCAUCUCUGGCGGGGCUGCCAGCUUGGACCACGAAGGUUUCGUCAACCGUCUCGUUCGCCACGCGCUUUCGCUCAAAGACUUGCCGCAUUACACUGUCGCCUUUGUCAAGCGCUUCGCCACCGGGUCCUAUGGUAGCCUUGAGCAACUUGGCACGGCAGACUCGGCAACGGCUGCGGCUGCUGCCAGUUCUGCUUCUGCUGCUGCAACUACGACCAUGGUCAAGCAAGGGAACAAGCCAGCCAAAAAGAAGACAGAGCAGGAAAAGAAGCCAACUUCGUUGGCGCCGCGUGUGGCCGACGCCAACACCACCUCGACGCUCUUCCGUGAUCCUUUCGGCUUCCGCAAGGUCAUCGUGGUCGCCACAGCCAAGGGCAAGCUGUACGCACUCGACACGAUCGCUAAGGACACUGUAGUCUGGGAAAAGUCGCUCAUCGGAUACGGCGACGGCGAGGGCGAGCCAGAACCUACGGUCAACAUCAAGCUGAUGCAGACCGUUCGCGAGCUCUCGACCGACGGCAAGAGUCCUCUCUUGGCCAUCGUCGCCGAGGUCGAACUCCAGCCUGGGCUCUUCACCACCCGUGUAUUUGAACUCAACCCGCUCACGGGAGAGUUCCUCAACGAUGCCUCGUCCGGCCAGACCGUCUUCGUCGGUCGAUGUCAGGAUGCCUUCCUGCUGCCACAGUCGGUCGAUGAUCCCGUGGAGAAGCAGCAGUCGCUCGGCCUUGUGGAUCAGCACAACAACCUCUUUCUGUUCCCCGACACGCUUGCGGUGGCUGAACGCUUCGAGCCACUCUCGAACCGCUUCUUCUUCUCCGUGCAGAAGCCUGCCACCUCGGCUACCGCUUCUUCGCGCUUCGUCGGCUAUGCCGUUGCAAAAGGCGUGAGCAGCGUUCACAAGUCGCAGCAAAUCUGGUCUUGGGCCGUUCCGGCGGGUGAGCAGGUCGUUGAAGUGCUGCACGCUUCGAGCAAGGACGUGAUCGCUUCGUUUGGACGCGUGCUGGGCGAUCGAUCGACGCUUUACAAGUAUCUCAACCCUCAUGCCUCGCUCGUUGUGACCAAGAGUGAAGCCGUCAACCAGGCGCAUCUGUACCUGUUGGACACUGUCACGGGAAGCGUAUUGUACGAGCUUCAGCUGGAUGAAGUGGAUCUGGCGCAGCCGGUGCGCGCGCACCUGGUCGAGAACUGGAUCACUGCCACCUAUUCGGUUCGCAAUGCGGACGAAGGACUCUCGACGCACAUCGUCACCGUCGAGCUAUACGAGCAGCCCGAGAGCACCGACGAUUCGGCCGCCACCAAACCAGCCACCCGACGCCUCUCGUCAUCCUGGAGCGGUCUCACGGGCAACUUCAGCAGCUUCACCGGCGACAGCAGCGACUCGACCACCCACUCCAUCCUACCGCUCGCCUUCAUGCACACCUUCCUCUACUCGGGCGGCACCGUCCACGCCCUCGCCACCACCACCACCAAGUUCGGCAUCUCGCUCAAGAACCUCCUCCUCGCCACCGACCGGGAAGCCGUCGUCUCCCUCCCCCGCAAACUCCUCGAUCCGCGUCGUCCCACCGCCAAACCUAACAAAGCCGAGGCCGAAGAACUCCUCGUACCUUACACCCCGCUCAUCCCCGAAGACCCCAAGUGGAUCCUCAAUCACAUCUACCCCGCCGCCAACAUCCGUCACAUCACCACCGGUCCUGCUCUCCUCGAAAGCACCUCCACCGUCUACGCUUACGGUCUGGAUACCUUGGUCACACGUACAAGUCCCAGCGGCCAGUUCGACGUGCUCCAGGAAAGCUUUAACAAGCCACAGCUGCUACUGACGUUGGUGAUCCUGUCGGUGGGGAUCAUGGUGACUAGACCUAUGGUCAGGAAUAAGAACCUCUCGCUUCGAUGGUAG